AUGACAACCACAACCCGCCAGAACCACCCACCUCCGAAAAGGAGGCGGGGUUACGCCUUCAGCCAAUCAGGACCCGCGCGCCCCGGGUGUCCAACCUAUGGGGUGGCUGUGGCCGUGCAGGGGGAGGACGGGGGUGGUCCGGGAGGGGCCGCGUCCGUGGGAGGCGCGCACGUGUCGCGUCCCGGUAGGUGGGGAGCACGAGAGGAGGCCGGGGUCCAGGUCCCGAGGCGCGGGCUCUGCCCCCGGGCGGCCCUCGAGUCCGGCCGCCCCGUGCCGCCUUCGCCUCGGGCUCGGCCGGCAGGACGUGCUCGCGCCGAGGAAGACCCGUCCACGGUGUCCGCUCUCCCCGCGUCGCGGGGACAGCCACAAAUAACAACACUAGCACCUAGCGCGGACGAGGCAGGGAGGAAAGUUUCCGGCCCGCGCCAGAGCGGAGUCCGCCCGGGCGGGGAGCGCGGGGCAUGCGGGGCGGGGGGACGCCAACCUGGAGAGAAGGGAGCCGCGGGCGGGCUGCGGGCGCGGGACGCGGUCCCGGGCGCGGGGCCGGGGGCGACGGGGUGCGCUGUCCAAGGUGCAGGGGAGGCGGGAGGCGCGCGGCGGGCGCGGAGCUCCGCGCCAGCACCGGCUGGCGGCGGCGGAGGGAGAGCUGUCGGGGGUGCCGGGCACCCCGGGCUCGUAAAAGUGCCAGGGCUGGAAGUGGGGAAGGGCGCGGGGGCGCUGCGCCGGAGCCCCCGCGCGUUUGAGCGCCCGCCGUCCCGGCUCACCUCUGGCUCCGCGCCCCUCCCCCAGCCCACUCCCCUCGGCGCCUCCGUCCCGGAGCCUGGGCGGGGGCGGGACCCGGGAAGCCAGGCUUCAAGCCCGGACGCCCCAGCGAUGGAGGCUGCGGGCCCCGGAGCGGCUUACCUGGGGCCGCGGGACCGGGCGCGGAGGCAGCCCGCCCCUUGGAGCCGGGCGCCGGGCGCGGCGCGGCCGCUCCUCGCCGCGGCGUCCUCCUUCCGCGCUUCUCCUGGACUCCGUCCCGGGCGCGGCGCUGCGAGACGGGGCCGGGCCGCCGCCGCCGCCGACAGAGGACGCCCCGCGGCGGCUGGAAGCCUGUAUGUCUGCUAUCUCUUCUUGCUUCUAUCAGUAUGACUGAUAGAUUCUUCUCUGCUCAAAAGAGAACUCCACUGGAUAAAAUUGGGAACAUCUAUUUUCCACUAUAGCCUCUUUUUACUUACUUCCCAUGUCUAGGUUGUAUUCUGAAUAAAUAAAAUAUUACUGGAAUUCACUUUUCAGAUACACUGAUAUCUAAACAAGAACAGCCCAGCAGAACAGGCACACAUCUGUCUUCCCUCCUUCUUGAUCAGCUUCCUAUCCUUCACAUCGCACCAUGUAUUCACCCUUUUACAUCAGUUUCCUGUGAUUUCAGCACCCAUGAAUCAGUUCCUUGGGGGCCAGACCUGUCCUAAAUUUUUUGAAACUGCAAAACUGUAAACCAAGCCCCAAACCAUGAAGAUCUCAUCAAGGGAUUGCAUCCUGUAUGACCUAGCCUGAAACAUUCAUCAGUGAGUUUCAUCUUAUAAAAAUCACAACACAAGUUUUUGGAAAUAAAUGAAAUCAAGUUCUUUUUCCAUAUUUAAGAUAUUCUAAAAGCCAAGUUUUCACAUGCAAACAUUCAGUCUGUAUAUUUAUAUUUCUUAAUCAGUUGCCUAUAAGGAAUUUAAUCAAAGUAUAAAGAAGAGUUUUCUGACAAGGUGAUUGUUUCCAAAUUGAGUUCAUAAGAAAGAUGGUGAAAUUGUCCUCUCUAAAUCUCUUUAUGACUAGGUCUAAUUAAAAGUAUUUAUACACAGCACUUCCUAAAGCCAGACAUUGAUGAUCAAGAAAAGACUCCCCCUGUCAGAUGAUUCUCUGAUACUAUAAACUAGAAAAUCCAGAGUAGAAUGUUAUUUUCAUACAUUUUGAUAGUUUUGUUUCAUGAUAAUUAUAGGAGAAAAAUGAAAAGAAAUGGAAAUUGGCCUUUAGCAGCCAUUUUAGUGAUACAAUCUCCAUUUUAGGUUUCUAGAAUGAAGACAAUAGUCUAAGAGAGAAGAAACAAGAUUUUAUUCUUAGUGUGGUAAAAGAUAUUGUGUUAAAAUGUUCUUAUUGUCGUGGGGUAGAGGGAGGAGAAGAGGAAUAUGCUAAAUAUGCUAGACUACCUGCUAUAGACUGAAUGUUUGUGUCCACCCCCACCUCGUAUCUUGAAAUCCUAACCCCCAAUGUGAUGGUAUUAGGAGAUGCGGUCUUUGGGAGGUACUAAUUCAGUCAUGAGGGUAGAGCCUUCAUAAAUGGGAUUGGUGCCUUUACAAGAAGCUACGGAAGCAUUUGUCCUCCACCAUGUGAGGACACACAAGAAAACGGCCAUCUGCAAACCAGGAAGACAGCUUUCACCAGAUGCUGGACCUGCCAACACCUUAACCUUAGACUUCUCCAGCUUCAGAGCUGUGACAAAUAAAUGUUUGUUGUUUAAGCCACCCAGUCUAUGAUAUUCUGUCAUAGUAGCCACUACGUAAGACCCUACCCUGAGUUAUUGUACUUGAUGUUGUCUUUUACCGUAACUUUGGCAAAGGGGCCAUGUAGUAAGCUGUUCUUUGACUAGAAGAUGAUUCAAACUUCCCGGAAAUCAUUAAAGUUGUGUUAACAACAAUGCAUAAUAAUAUGAAUGUGUUUGGGUUUUACUCGUGUAGCCUUGUUAUUAAUACAGAAUCGUGUUUAAUUCUUAAAAUGGAAAUGUCAAGUAUGACUUUUAUGACUUUGUGUUUGGCUUAUAUUUCUCUAAAGCCAUUUUCACUCCCUUUUCAGAUAU